UUAAACAACUCAUAUCUUCUUCCUCUUUUACAUAAACACAAUCCCCAAAUGUGUUGUCACUCUGCCCAAUAAAACUAGAAAACAAAAUAUGAAACAAUCAAAUUUUGUUAAUAUGAAGUUCUCUUUAGCUCCAACUCUUGUUCUUCUUGUCCUUCUCCUCUUCUAUCAACAUCAGUCAUCAUCUCCAAACCUAAACGCAAACGUUCUCUCUUCAUUCGUCGAUGCUACUACAUCCAUCGUUGUCCCGUCUCCUUCACCAUCCAUGUCCAUGGAGUUUAGUAUCGCCUCAGCAAACUUGACCUUAAUUUCGAGUCCUCAACCUCAAAAUAAAGAAAAGAAGAGGAACAUAAUCGAGGAAGGUUUAGCGAAAUCAAGAGCGGCCAUACGUGAAGCCGUGAGGUUGAAGAAGUUUUCAUCGGGCAAGGAAGAAACUUUUAUUCCUCGUGGAGCCGUUUACAGAAACGCUUACGCAUUUCAUCAAAGCCAUAUAGAGAUGGAGAAGAAAUUCAAAGUGUGGGUGUACAGAGAAGGUGAGACACCUUUAGUACAUAUGGGUCCAAUGAACAACAUAUACAGCAUUGAAGGCCAAUUCGUGGACGAGAUCGAGAGAGGCAUGAGCCCGUUCGCGGCUAGCCACCCCGAGGAGGCUCACGCUUUCCUCCUCCCUGUCAGCAUCGCCAACGUUGUUCAUUACUUAUACCGCCCACUUGUUACCUACUCGAGGGAACAACUUCACAAAGUUUUUCUUGACUAUGUCAAUGUUGUGGCUCACAAGUAUCCUUAUUGGAACAGAAGCCUCGGAGCCGACCAUUUCUUCGUUUCUUGCCAUGAUUGGGCACCAGACGUCUCAGGAGCGAACCCGGAGCUGUUGAAAAACAUGAUAAGAGUUCUCUGCAACGCCAAUACAUCAGAAGGUUUCAAACCCCAACGAGACGUCUCAAUCCCGGAGAUCAACAUCCCCAGAGGAAAGCUGGGACCACCUCAGUUAUCCAACUCUUCCGGCCAUGACCGACCCAUCCUUGCUUUCUUCGCAGGCGGCUCACACGGCUACAUCCGCAAGAUUCUACUGCAGCAUUGGAAAGACAAAGACGAGGAGGUCCAAGUCCACGAGUACUUGGCCAAAAACAAAGAUUACUUCAAGCUCAUGUCCAAGGCAAGGUUUUGUCUCUGUCCUAGUGGCUACGAAGUAGCUAGCCCUCGAGUUGUUGCAGCUAUUAAC